UUUACGAACUUCACGGUAGAAUAGACCACAUUUCGAACAUCAUGGAUUAAUUUUCUGUUUCACAUCCAUUUAUUGCCAUUUGAAGGGAGAAACAUACAGUAACUGAAGAAUGUCAAAAUUAUUCCAAGGAGAUGAUUCAGAUUGUGAUGAGGGUAUCAAGAUAAAUAGUGCAUAUGCCAAUCACUACAACGAUUGGCGACGGAAGGAGGAGUUAAACAAACUAAAAACCAAAUAUGGAGAGCAGAUAGAAGAUCUUAAGAGCUCCGACCCAGAAUCUGAGAGUUCGUCGGGAGACGACGCAGAAGCAAAUGUGCUCACAGAAGUAUUCGAAAAAGACUUCUACAAGACUCUAGCAUGCUUGAAAAAGAAGGAUCCAAGAAUCUACGACGAGAACGUGAAUUUCUUCUCCAUAACAGAAGACUCCCCAGGAAAUGCAGAAACUCAACCCCCUCAGUCCAAGAAAAAAACGAAAAAAGAGAAACCAUUCACUCUCCGAGACUAUGACCGAACAAUGAUAAUCGAAAGACUCAAUCAAUUCAGUGAGAGUGAUUAUGAAGACGACUUUCAAAAUAAAAACCGUGAAACCAAUAUCUUAACUUACAUAGAGGUGCAAAAAGGAUUGAGAGAAAGCAUAAAUCAAGUUUUGCAAGAUGGAAACGAUGGCAGUGACACCGAGGAGGAUCUUUUACUGCCAAAGCAUAAAUCUCAAGAAGAGAAAUUGCAAGAGGAAGAAUCUUACAAGGAAUGGCUGAGAGGCCAGCACGCAGAGGUAGAAACCUCAGAGAAACAAGCUUUGAAGCCGUUGAGAGAUUUCUGGACAGAUCCUAAUCUCGACGAGAAUGAGAAAUUCCUCAGAGAUUACGUUCUAAACAAAAAAUUUCUUGAGAGAGACAUAAAAAAUCCUAAAUAUCGCGAGGAUAUCAUCCAUGGCAGUAAUGAAAAUCUGUCAGAAGAUGAAAAGGAUAUCGAGCAACAAGAGGUGUUUGAGCACAAAUUCAACUUCAGGUUUGAAGAACCUGAUACCGAUUUCCUAAAGCGGUAUCCUCGAACGCUGGAGAAUUCAUUACGAAAGAAGGACACGAGGAGAUCAGCGAAGAGAGUAGCGUUAAAGAAGAGAAAAGAGGAGGAGAAAGCAAGGAAACGAGAAGAAUUAAAGCGUCUGAAGGCCAUGAAACGAAAGGAAAUCGCGGAGAAAAUUGCACAGUUAGAAGAGAUCACUGGAAACAAUGACCUACAGUUUGAUUCAUUUGAUUUGGAGGGAGACUUUGAUCCUGCUGACCACGAUAGGAAGAUGGUGGAGUUGUUUGAUGAGGAGUAUUACAAUGAAGGGGAGGAACACGUAAAGCCAGUGUUUCCGGAUAUGGAUGAGGAGCUUGGGGUAGAUAUUACGUGGGAUGAUUAUGAUCCCAAUAGUGAGGAGAUUGAACUCUCAGAAAGGCACGCAGGUUCCCAUGCUAGAGAUGCCGAUUUUAAUACACUGCACACUCCCGAGACCCAAUUACCGGUGCGUGAACUAUUUUUUACCAUUUUCUGCGAGUUCUAAAGCAAUUAGACGCCGCUAAUUCCCAUUAUGGACUAUUACACUGGAAUGUGCCAGAUGACGCCACCGACAUCCCCGAAUGUUGAAACACGGAUCUGAGGAUUGUCGAGCGAGAUAGCUCAGGGGCCCUAUUCUCGAUG